AUGGUCGAGUAUAAGCGAAUUGCGCAUGUCGGGGCCGGCGGGAGUCUCGGGACGGCGGUCUUCAAGGCCCUGAUCGACGCGGGGUUCGAAGUGACGGCGCUGGUGCGCACGCCAGGCAAGCUCCCCAGCUCACAGGCGGGCAGGUACAAAGAAGCGGUGGUGGACUUCUCGUCGGUGGAGUCCCUGACGGCGGCGCUGCGGGGCCAGGACGCGCUGGUCAGCACGGUCGGGGCGGCGGGGAUCGCAGGGCAGGACAGGCUGGUGCAGGCGGCGGCGGCGGCGGGGGUGAAGCGGGUGCUGCCGUCCGAGUACGGGUGCGACAUAUCGCAGGAGGCGGCGCGGGGCCUGCCGCCGUUCGCGGACAAGAUCGCGACGGCGGCGCGGCUCGAGGCCGAGGCGGCGCGCAACCCGCUGCUGACCUACACGCUCGUCACCAACAACAUCUUCCUGGACUGGUGCCUCGAGUACGGCCUGCUGGGCGACCCGCGCGCCAAGAAGGCCGUCACCGUCGACGGCGGCGUCCACCGCGGCAGCCUGACCCGCCUCGCCACCGUCGCCGCCGCCGUCGUCGCCGUCCUGCGCAACCCCGACCUGACCGCCAACCAGCGCGUGCUCGUCCACGACGGCGCCCUGUCGCACGCCGAGAUCCUCGACGCCAUGCGGGACGUCACUGGCCCCGAGGGCUGGGUCGUCGACGACGAGGCCGCCGCCGACGUCAAGGCAAAGUCCGACCAGGCCCUCGCCGGCGGCCUGGUCGAGCCCUGGGUGUUUGUCGGCUACAUCCGCACCAUGGCCUUUUCGCCCGCGGCCCAGGCCGACUUUACGGGCCGCACGUGGAACGCCAAGCUCGGGCUUAAGGAGUACUCGCCCGAGGAGACAAAGGGGCUGGUUAGGGAUGUCGUCAGGGGGAUUUUGGCAGCGUCAAAGUAG